AACCACCUCAACAUGUCCCCUCAUGAGUCAUGACUCAAUUGUUCUCCAGUAGCUUCGGCUCCGAGCCAGAAUUCAUUCCCGUUACACCGAACCAAAAUUCAAAAUCUCUCCCCCCAAAAGUCCCCAAAAGGGCAAAAUGCUCAAAGAAGGAUUGUACCCACACCUCUCUAUUUUUGAAACAGACUAAAAAUGGUGUCCAAGUCCCUCAAAAGAAGCCCCACGAAAUCCAUGAAGGAUCCGAGGAGCCACCGCCCCCGCCCCCGCCCCCGCCGCUGCAACAAGAGGAAAUCUCCGGUCAAAACCACCUCUUCCAUCAUCUCAACCAUCAACAAAACUAUCUUCACUUGCAAGCGCCGCCUCUCCAAGCUUUUCUCUAAAUUGGCCCGCAUUAGCACCCCAAAUAGCCGCUACAAAGACUACAAAAUCUUGAAAACUGGGUCCAAAUAUCAUGACCUAGAAGUUGAGAAGGAUACCGUUUGUAGGGCGCUCUUCUUCAACGAACGGUUACCUCCCUUGAUUUCUCCUGAUAAGAGGACUGUUUUUCUUGAUCUUGAUGAGACCUUAGUGCAUUCUAAAGCAGGCCCACCACCCCAAGAGUUUGAUUUUGUUGUGAGGCCCAAGAUUGAUGGAGAGAUGAUGAUUUUUUACGUGUUGAAGCGACCGGGAGUUGAUGCUUUCUUGGAGGCUUUGGGGACUAAAUACGAGGUCGUGGUGUUCACCGCCGGGUUAAAGGAAUACGCUACGCUGGUUCUUGAUAGGAUUGAUCCAAAGGGGGUGAUUUCGCACCGGCUUUAUCGGGAUUCUUGCAAGCAAGUUGAUGGGAAGUUUGUCAAGGACUUGUCUGAAAUGGGGAGGGACUUGAAGAGGGUGGUAAUUGUUGAUGAUAAUCCUAGUUGCUACAUUUAUCAGCCUGAAAAUGCAAUUCCAGUGAAGCCCUUUCUUGAUGAUCUUGGAGAUUUAGAGUUGGGGAAGCUGGCUACUUUCUUUGACAGGUGUGAUUGUUUUGAGGAUAUGAGGGAUGCUGUGAAGGAGUAUGUUGGUGGUGAAGGAGGCGUGGAGGUACAAGUGGAAGUCUAAUUUAUUUUCUCACUCUGCUUCCGUUGUUCUCUCUCUCUCUCUCUCCCUCUCUUUGUCAUAGGUUUCUUUUCAUGAAAUUAGUUGCGUUGAACACAAAAUUGUUCAAUCCCAAUUGAGAAAAGCAACUUGUAGCUUAAUUA